AUGGGUGAGCCAAGUACUCAAUCUUUUGCCACUCGUUUUACUCAACGUGCCGAAACGCCUCCUCGUGCAAAGCUAACGGCCGGCUCGUCGUAUCGACUUAGCGACCUCAAGACACAGCGCAAGACUCUCAUAGAAGAGCUUGGGCCUACUAUCCCUGAGGUACCCAUCCCCUACUUUUUGACGAACAUUCUUCCGGGCCUACGCGAAGGGCUCGAUGUGGACGAGAUCGCUACGAAAUUCAAGGCCAGUGGACAUAUUACUGACGAUGGCCGCUGGUCUUGUUUUCCUUGUGACCCAGCUCAGGUGAAAAAGAGAGAGGAGCAAUGUUUCCAACCACUCGAACAACUAGCUGAAGCAAUAAGUACCGCCAGCGGAGGGGGGAAGCACGCGACUCCUACACUACACGCAAAACCCUUCCAUACAACCUGUCUGCACGCUCAGGGACACGAAGAGUCCAGAUGGGUCUAUUGGGCGAACAUUGCCAUGUCUGCCGAAUUCAAGAAGAAAGCAAGACCUGCCGACAAGGAAGAUAACGUUGCGAAGAUUAUCUGGAGUAUGCAUCAAUGCAUGCGGGAGGAUCCCCGUCGACGCUUCACGUUCGGCCUCACAAUUGAGAACAAGGAGAUUAGAUUGUGGUUCUGCACUCGUGCACAGCUACUGGUCAGCGAGGGUAUCAAUUUUCUGCAGGACCAUGCUACUGUCAUUCAUUUAUUUCUGGCAUUGAUGUAUGCGAAGGAUCACGAGGUCGGAUGGGACCCGACCAUAUGCUACGCACGGGAUCGUAAUGGCGAAGUGCUCCUCCACGACGGGGUGCCGCGCCUCGAUAUCACCAUUCAUGAGGAUGGAGAAGAGCCUGAAACUCUCCGUUAG